AAGUUGCGCGUGGGGGGCGUGGUGUAUCAUGGGAAAAAAGUUGGUUGUAAAUCAGUUCCAGCGUCGGUGAAAAAGACAACAGACUUUCCUUCAAAUAAACGCAUAAAGAUAUCGGCUAGCUAUGUCUGCAGGGAGGAUGCCCAACUGUCCUGCCUCUGCGACCAAGGGCUUUAGCUCGACCCCUGUCAAAAGUACUCAGGGGAAAGACACCCACACAUCAAAGGGGUUGGACGACGACGUCCUAUCCGACGACGAAGACACAUUCUCUCUGCUGUCUCCCAUCUAUCAUGACAGUUAUGAUAGUGAGGAGGAGCUGGAGCACAGCCCAGCUCAGCAGACUUCACCCAGGCACAGCGACAGCUCCAGACUCAGCGUUUCACCAGUCAGAUGUGAGCUACCAAGAACACCUUCAAUGCAGAUGAUGAAUGCAGCUGUGGAGCCUGCAGGCUCACCGACUCUCAGUGCAUGGGAAAUGUGGCUGGUGAACAAAGCUAAAGAAGACCGUUUCAAAUUGGAAAAACAAGCAGAGGAGGAGCGGUUACGGAAGGAAAAACAAGAACAAGAAGAAAAGGAGCAGGAACAGAAAAAGAUUGUCAUGGAAGAGAAAAUCCAAGAAUGGCUAAAGAUGAAAAGACAACAGGAGAAGCAUGAGCAACUACUAAAACUGAGCAAAAAGGAAGAGGAGACACAGAGGCAGCGGGAGAAACAAAGAGAGAUUGAACAGAAAGCUCAACAGAAGUACAAAGACUGGCUGCAGAAGAAGAACCAGGAAAAAAUAGAAAUGGAAAAGAAGGCAAAAGAGGAAGCUACUCUGAAAGAGGAGCAGGAGAAAGAGCGCCGCAGGAGGGCGGAGGAGAAGUUUAAGGAGUGGGUGGCAAAAGCAAAUGAAAAAAGCAAAGCAAGUCCAAAAUCACCCUCCUACCCCAAAAGUCCCUACGACAAAUCCUACCCAUCACCCAGCUUCUACAAUCCAGUCCCCUGGAAACCGAUUCACGUCCCUCCUCCAGAAACAUCACAGAACAAGGCAUCUGUCAAGAAACAUCAAAAACAAAGAAAAAGCCAACAAAGCCCCGGCACCAUUUUUAGACUGAGAAACUCUGCCAGUGCAGCACAGUUCCUGCAGAGGAGAUGACACAGCAGACCAACGUCUUUUACUGAUACGGUAGCUUAGCUACGGCUCAGAUAUGAUUUCAUCACCGCUCAUCCACUCCACCACAGCUUGUGAGCCAAGGCUUGGCUGAAUCACAGAAGUAUUUCUGUUCUCCAAUGUGGAUGUGGUAAUUAAGCUACCAUGUCAAGAUUUUGGUUUGUCAUAUUGUACACUGUGAUUUUGCACUAGCUCAAAUUAGUUUGUACAUAAGGAUGUCUGAUUUUUUGGGAAUGAUCAAGAUUUUUAUAUGAUUUUAUAAAGAUGUUUAUGAUUUGUUCUGAUACUUAAAUCAGCUUUCACACCAUAAUAAUGUCAUUGCUAGACAUUUAAAUCCUGUAGUUUAUUUUGUUUUAAUACAGGCAUUAUCUAAGUUC